AAUGGAACCACUUCCUGUUCUGGGACAGUGGAAGUCUUCUACAGAGGAGAGUGGUCAGGUCUAUGUCCUAUGUGGUCGUGGAGCAUGAUGAUAGAGGUUAAGGUUGUGUGUAGACAGCUGGACUGUGGGAAUCCUGUAGCUGAAUCUGGAGGACCUCUGUUUGAAGAUGGAAGAAGAGGAGUCAGACUGGGUGGUUGCUAUGGAGAUGAGUCUUCUAUUAGACGGUGUGACAUCAUAGGAGAACCUGGUGUCUGUGAUGGUGAAUAUUAUCAUCAUGUGACCUGUUCAGAGUCUGUGCGGCUUGUGGAUGGAGCUGGUCUCUGCUCUGGGAGAGUGGAGGUGAAGUCCAAUCAGUCCUGGGCCUCAGUGUGUGAAGCUGACUUUGACCGGCAGGAUGCAGAGGUAGUCUGUGGGGAGCUUGGCUGUGGGGCUCCUGCAGCUCUACAGGGGGGGCUCUAUGGAGGAGGUGAGGGUCAGACCUGGGAUAAAGAGUUCCAGUGUAAAGGCAAUGAGUCCCUUCUCCUGGACUGUGACACCUCAGACAGAGAAAACAACACCUGCCUACCUGGUAAUGCUGUUGGACUCACCUGCUCAGGUAAGAAACAGUUUGUC